AUGACCGUGGAAGUUGAGAGCGAAAAGAACCAAAGUGCGGCUUCCAAAGAAUGCUCUUCACCAGAGGAAAGCGACGCAACUCUUGGAAACAAUUCUCCAAGCACUCCAGGGACAGAUUAUCCCAGUGGCCUCCGUCUCACCUCUCUGAUUGUCGGGCUCUGUCUCGCUGUACUUCUAGUCGCUCUCGAUAACACAAUCAUUGCGACUGCGAUACCUCGGAUUUCCGAUGACUUCAAGUCCCUCGACGUUAUAGGAUGGUAUGGCUCAUCCUACCUCCUAACAACAUGCUCGUUCCAACUCCUCUUUGGGAAAUUAUACACCUUGUUCGACAUAAAAUGGGUUUUCAUUGUUGCAACGGUUCUUUUUGAAGUUGGCUCAGCAAUUUGCGGAGCUGCCCCGACCUCUGAGGCGCUCAUUGUCGGCCGUGCCGUUGCGGGACUGGGAUCUGCUGGUAUAUUCCAAGGUGCCAUGAUCAUUAUCGCUUAUUCUGUUCCCCUGGAGAAAAGGCCUAUGUACAAUGGCAUGUUUGGAUCUGUUUAUGGCGUUGCGUCUGUUAUUGGACCAUUGCUGGGGGGAGCCUUCGUUGACCACGUUACUUGGCGUUGGUGUUUUUAUAUCAACCUACCCGUAGGUGCCGUUGCUCUGAUUACCGCCAUAUUUACCGUUCGUAUCCCGAAGCAAAAGCGCCCUUCCCAAGGCUCCUCCUGGAUAUCCUAUGUACAUGAUCUAGAUCCCAUGGGGACCCUUUGCUUCCUUCCCGGUGUCGUAUGCCUAUUGCUCGCUCUGCAGUGGGGAGGAACAAAGUUUCCAUGGAGUUCCGGCAAGGUCAUAGGUCCUCUUGUCCUCGGUGUUGCCCUCCUCGCUGCCUUUGUUGCUGUCCAGGCGUGGAAGGGAGACAAGGCUACGGUACCACCUCGAAUAUUUCGCCAAAGGACUCUUGUGUCUGCGAGUAUCUUUACUCUCCUGCUCAGUGCUGCCUAUUUCACGAUCGUCUUUUAUAUACCUAUAUGGUUCCAAGCUAUCAAAGGCGUUUCUGCUGUCAAGUCAGGAAUUAUGUGUCUCCCUAUGAUUCUGUCAGUGGUCAUUUUCUCGCUUGUGGCAGGUGGAGGAGUUACAACCGUCGGGCAUUAUGUGCCCUUUGCUUAUGCAAGCUGUAUCUUGACCACCAUUGGGGCAGGCCUCAUCACAACUUUUGAGACGGACACUGGCCAUCCCAAAUGGAUUGGAUAUCAAUUCUUAUUCGGGGCAGGAGUUGGUUGUGGUAUCCAACUGGGUAUCAUUGCAUCCCAGGUUGUUCUUGAGGAAGCUGAUAUUCCGAUUGGAACUGCCAUUAUCACACUCUCCCAGAUGCUCGGCGGUGCAAUAUCUAUAUCAGCAGCUCAGAGCAUCUUUGGUAAUCUCCUUGGGCAUAGGAUUUCACAAACGGUGGGAGAAAGUUCAAAUCUUAUAACACAAGUCGGAGCUACGGAUCUGAAGGAUGUCGUUGAUCCUAAGUUUUAUGACAGAGUGUUGAAGGCAUAUAACGAUGCACUGACAGAGACUUGGUAUCUCUCGGUAGCCCUGGCUGCACUGUCUAUUGCAGGAGUUAUCGGUAUGGAAUGGAAGAGUGUUAAGAAGGCGAACACGGCCAAGUAG